AUGAUGUUGCUAAUGGACUUACUGGAGGAGACUGAUAGAGAGAUGGUAUUAGAAGGGUCAAGGUAUGUAUUGAGUGAUGAUGAAGACUUUGAUGACAAUGAUAAAGGUGAAGAUGAUGAGCUUGGAGAAGGUGCUAUGGAAGGCACUUGUUGUAUUUGCACGGUGAAACACAAGGCUGCUGCUUUCGCACCUAGUGUUCACAGUUUCUGCAGGAUGUGUUCAAGGGAGCUUAUGGUGGCUAAGGGAAAUUGUCCACUCUGCAAUAAUUUCAUUUCAGAGAUUCUUGAGAUAUUCUGA